CGGCCCGGUACACACAGGCAGAGCGUCUGUUCAGCGAGGUUCGCAGGAUCGAAUCCUACAGAGUUGAAGGGAUGGAGAUUUAUUCAACCACACUGUGGCACCUGCAGAAAGACGUUGCCCUGUCCGCUCUGUCCAAAGACCUGACCGACAUGGACAAGAACUGUCCCGAGGCCUGGUGUGUAGCAGGAAACUGCUUCAGUCUGCAGAGGGAGCACGACAUCGCCAUCAAGUUCUUCCAGAGAGCCAUCCAGGUGGACCCGGGCUUUGCGUAUGCGUACACUCUGCUGGGUCAUGAGUUUGUUCUGACGGAGGAGUUGGACCGAGCUCUCGCCUGCUUCCGUAACGCCAUCCGAGUUAACAACCGCCACUACAACGCAUGGUAUGGCCUCGGGAUGAUUUACUACAAACAGGAGAAGUUCAACUUGGCUGAGAUCCACUUUAAGAAAGCGUUGAGCAUCAACCCUCAGAGCUCAGUGCUGCUCUGUCACAUCGGAGUGGUGCAGCAUGCGUUGAAGAAGUCUGAUGCUGCUUUGGAGACUCUGAACAGAGCGAUCGGCAUCGACCCCAAAAACCCGCUCUGCAAAUUCCACCGAGCCUCCAUACUGUUCGCUAACGACAAGUACAAGGCGGCUCUUCAGGAGUUGGAGGAGUUGAAGCAGAUUGUCCCCAAAGAGUCUCUGGUUUACUUCCUCAUAGGAAAGGUGUAUAAGAAGCUGGGGCAGACUCACCUGGCUCUGAUGAACUUCAGCUGGGCGAUGGAUCUUGAUCCUAAAGGAGCCAACAACCAGAUCAAAGAAGCCAUUGACAAGAGAUACUUGCCGGAGGACGAAGGUAAGACAGGCACAUCAGACAGACAGGCACAUUAUACUGACAGUUCCCAACACAGAAAGUGA